UCUUUGCAUAGAUCGAUCGCUGUGCGCGUUGAGCUUUUGAGUCUGCUUUUGAGUCUGGGUUACGAUCCGCACGCGUUCAGUUUCUUUUCACAGUGCAAAGUUGUUGGACGCUCAGUAAGCUAAGCGCAUAACUCGCAUAAAUCUCGUUGAUACAAUAUUUUCCAAAAUGACAACAAAGAGCCAAGGCGAGGUAGUUUUAGUUACCGGUGGAAGUGGUUUUAUAGGUCAGCAUUUAAUUAAACAGCUUUUGCGUGAUAGAGAAGGUUUGGGCAUAGCUGAAGUGCGCUCACUGGAUAUUGCGCCGUAUAAAGAUACAAUUGGAAAUCCAGUGGAAAAGCAGAUACGUACUUUUGUCGGUGACAUUAAUGAUGCAGAAUCUGUGUCCAAUGCUUUCAAAGGUGUGGAUUGUGUGUUUCACGUAGCUGCUUUAGUUAGCAUAGAAUAUCCACCAAAUUAUGAAGAACUAGAACGUGUUAAUGUAGAUGGUACACGUUCUGUUGUGGACUUGUGUGUGAACAAUAAUGUCAAAAGACUGAUUUUUACCAGUUGUGCAUCGGUGUGCGUUAUUCCCUUUAAAGGUAGCACUUUCACAAUUGUGAUCAAUCAGACUGAAUCCAAAGCAGCUACACCAGCAUUUGAUGCACAAAAAUUGGACGAAUAUGACAAAUCAUUUCUCAUACCCGGUUACUCAUCUUCUAAGUUGAGAGCAGAGAAAAUAGUGCUAAACGCCAAUGGCACGCUUUUAUCCAAUCGUCAAGAUUAUCUUAGCACUGUUGCUCUACGUCCUCCAUUGACUUACGGCGAGGGUGAUUCUCAUUUUGUUCCCCAAAUGUUUGAUUAUCUCUCAAAGCGUGGUUUCACCUACCCACGUAUAGCGGGUGCUGGUGGCAAGCAUCAGUUGGUUUAUGCAGGUAAUGUUGCUUGGGGUCAUAUUUGUGCUUACAAAACAUUGAAGUCCAAUCCAAAGGCUAUCGCUGGUUUGCCAGUCUUCGUUACUGAUGACACGCCUGUCAAUGAUGUCUCACGUUUCAUACAAAAAAUGGCAAUACUAGGACAAAACUUCAAAGUCAAUCAAUCCGUGUGGUAUAUACCACAUUUUCUCUUCUUCUUUUUCGCUUUUAUGACUGAACUGAUCGUGCAAAUCUUGUAUCCUUUCACAAAAUGGAAGCUAUCAUAUUCCUUGCGUGCAAUCAGCUCUUUCACAGCUUCUGUGCUUAUGUUUAAUCGGUUACGUGCUUCUAUACACAUGGACUACACACCUUUGGUGGAGAGUGAAAAAUCUUUGGAACAGAGUGCGUAUUGGUAUUCAAAAUGGUGGAAGGAAAAUGGCGCCAAAAAACGGGUUAAUCGAAAUAGUUAAUUUUAUAGCCAAUUUAUCGGUUAUUAAAGUUUUUGUUGUAUAUAAUUUAAUGUUGACUGUUUGCAGUGCUUUGUUGUAGUAUUAAUAAUGUAUUUUGUUAACAAUUGUUAUUACCUUCGAAUAUUUGGAAUUGGUUUCAGUUCAAAAUUAAAAAUUCUUAUUUUAUAAUA